AUGGUUGCCAACAUUUCAUCGCCUGAGUGUUUUGCCUCCGUGGUGCGAUUUCUGCCUGACCUGUCCCAAUCCUCCGUUGUGGUACUGGCUACUUCCUGGAAUUGGACUGGACCUGGCAAGCGGGGCUUCUUUCCUGACACUUAUCCUCUCCCUGGAGGUUUCCCCGGAUUCUCCAAAGAAGAUGCUCCCCAGCCUCACUGCUUUCGGUCAGUCAGGAAGCUGGAUGAACCUCUGACAGUUGGGGCCCAGCACUUUGAGCUGGGUGAUCUUCUAAUGGAGGACGUCUGGGCUGAUGGUGUUGAAGGCAGAGCUGAAAUCCACAAACUGCCUGAAGCCUGGACUAACCGGCUUCAUGGUAAAACCCCGCAGGAGUAUGAUAACGAUGGGCCAGGAGACAGGCGUCCUUCCCCAAUACAAGGGCAGGAGCUGAAAGAGGUUAUGGAGCGGGUACUCAGUGUCCAUAACUAUUACUAUGGCAGGGUGGGUCAUUGCUCUGUCAUCCAGUUCUGUGAUGUGUGGUGUGGGGGAACAGAUUAUUUUCGAUCCGAUCUUCAAACUGCGGUCCGUUUGAAACACCUGGAAGCCCGGCAUCAGACGUGCAAUGUCCUGGAUGUGUUCACUCAGCCAUGUUUAGGUGAAACGGAGGACGAUACCUUGGUUCCAGUGGUAACAGUUGAACUUGGUGAACCUGUGACUUUGACUUGUGCUUUCACUGAAGAAUAUCCGAGCAACGUAUGGCUUUACUGGUACAAGCAGAGUGCAGGAGACACUCUGAAAACAAUUAUAAUGCAGCGGAAUUUAAUAAAUCCCACAUAUGGACCAGAAGUCUCAGCUUCAAGAUUUAAUGUGACAAACAGCAUGAAAGUAAGCAAUCUAACAAUUUUAAGGACAGUUCAACACGAUGAGGGAUUUUAUCAUUGUGCUAAAACGGACCUGUACAGAUUUAACUGGACUGGGACCUAUUUGUCAAUAAAAGGAAGGUCUGAGAGAACAACAAACUAUACAGUUGUUCAGCAGCCAACAGUUUCUGACCAUGGCCGCCCAGCAAACUCAGACACUUUGCAGUGUUCACUCCUCUCUGACUCUGAGAACACAGCAUGUUCAGAAGAUCCCAGUGUGUUCUGGUUCAGAGCCAGAUCAGCAAAGUCUUUUCCUGAUAUUAUCUACAUCGAUCCAAAAAGAGCUGAAAAUUGUGAGAAGAGAUCUGACUCUCAGAAGAGAUGCAUUUAUAACUUCUCUGGGAAUGUCAGCUCCUCUGAUGCUGGGACUUACUACUGUGCUGUGGCUACAUGUGGACAGAUAUUAUUUGCAAAUGAAAGGGACCUUAAAAAAGAUAAAACAAAUGAAAUCAAUGUGCUGGUGGUCACAAAAGUCACAAUAAUCUGUUUGGUGAUUUCUGUAAUUAGCAAUAUUGUCUUCAUCUGCUUUCGAAUACAAAGAGCUGCAUGUGAACGAUUCAAAGAAAGCUCUUCUUCACAGAGUAGACUCAACUUUAGCCAAAAAGGAGACAAUACUAAAGAUAGACCUGAUCUGAACUACGCUGCAUUACAUUUCUCAGAAGGAAGAACAUCAACAGGAAAGAAGAGAGAGUUGAUGACUGAAUGUGUGUAUUCACCAGUUAAAGGAUCAGUUUGAAUAUAUGUAUGUCAACUUGUGUGUAAAACUCAAAUUUUUAGACUUUAGUGCAUACUGUUGCUGAUGCACAUUUAAAAGUUGUGGAUUCAAUUAAAACUGAAUAGAAGGAGGAAGUGUGGAAAAAUAAGUGUGUUUUUAAUGUUUUAUUACAAACCUGCCUCCAUAUUGUAGUGUAUUUGAACAAUUAACUUGUUGGGUAUUUAUGUGGACUUCAUUAAGUACACAAGUUGCAAAUAAAAACAGCUCUAUAUAUCUGGAUCUUUCCGAUUUUCCAAACCAAUUAGCUGUCAAGCUUAUGACAGCUAAUUGGAUCCAGAUAAAUAAAUAAAUACAUUAAGUUCAUAUAGCUGAGACUGUUCUGUAUUGUUAAAUGGAUGUUAAAUUUAUGAGGUAAAAAAAGGCUUGUCAGUCCUCUGAACUAAAAAUAGAACCAAUCAACCUCUUUACAUAUCUAAAUAAUACAUGGAAUUAUAGCUUUGUGAACUUUGUGAACAAGGGAGAAUCUCAUCUUUUCUAAACCAAAACAACCAUCUGCCACUCCCAAUUAGCAUCAUACCUCCGCGCUGCAUUUAUAACAUGAUCAUGUUCUUGACUGUAACUUUAGAUCUAAUGAAGCCGUGUUGGCUCUCAGCUUUAACUUUACUGAUUUGUUACAUGAAAAUUAAAAGUGGUGCAGAAGACAUAAGUUUUGAUGUUGAUCUUGAAUUUGAGAAAAUUUCAGCUGCUCCUAUGUAUUCUGUUUUAUUAGUUUUAACAAGACUUUUUCUAAUCUAUGUUUUUGUUUUUUUGUUUUAUUUAUUUUUUCUGAUCAUUCUGAGCAUUUCUGGAUGAAUGUUUAUGGUUGUGAAGGUCAUAAUUAUACAUAAUUAGUCGCUUGUGAUGAAUUUUUUACUUAUUUCUAGUAUUUUGUUCCCUGUAUUUUGGCCCAGGCUCCUAUUUUAGUUUUAGACUUUUCCCCUUUGUCUAUGGAUCAUCUUAUUUUAGUUCAGCUCCGUCUUCAUUCUGCCUGUGUUAUUUAGUCUUCUUCCCUUAGUAUCUAUGCUCAGCAUUCUCCCUUCGCUGUUUAGCAUCUCCUUGAUUAGUCUCACCUGGUUUAAAUGUCAAUCUUCACUCCUCCUCAGUAUUUAAGCUCCUUGGUUUCCAUUGUUCACAGCUGGUUUCAUUUGUUCUGUCCACCAUGGUUCCCUGUUCAGCUCUCCUUGCUCUUUUGUCAUUAAAUCCUUGUAAUACCCAUGCUACAUCCUGUCUGUGCUUUGGUCCUGCUUCUACACAACCACUUGUGACAGACUUUACUAGAAUGUUCCCGCACUUUGUUGCUGGCAGACUGUCUUUGUUAAAUUUGGAAUAUUUCAUAUUUCACAUUUCCCAGACUUAAAAAAACAGAAAUCAAUCAGGUUCACAGUCAAGCAAAUAAGAACCAAGAGUAAAGUUAUGUCCAAGAGCUACACUCUGUAUCAAACUGUUUACCAAA